GUUGUCUUAAAGGGGACGUAUCUAAAUCAGAAGCUUUGGUAAGAAAAGCGGGGAGGUUGCAAAGUAAGCGGAAAGCUGGCGGCAGGGUCCAGGGUCUGAAAGACAAGAAUUAGCAGAAUAGCCCAUUAUUUGAUUUUAAGAAAAUGCAGAAAUAAUGAGAGGGAAAAAUGAAGUUGGUCAGGUAAACAGAUUCCAAAAGCUGCUACUUCCACCAUGUAGGAUAUUAACCAGAAGGAAGGAAUUGUUAUCUGCUGCAGCACCUUGUGUAAAAAAAUAAUUUUUUUAAAAAGCCCAAAGUGACAUUCCCUUGUUCCUGUCCUUGGUUCAAUAACAGCAGAUGUUUCCCUCUAAGUUGUGAAAGUAGGAUGUUAGAAUAUCAAGAACAAGAGGAGCUGACUACUGUGCGUGUCCAAGAUCCUCGAAUACACAAUGAGGGCUCAUGGAAUUCUUAUGUGGACUACAAAAUUUUUCUCCAUACCAAUAGUAAAGCUUUCACAGCCAAGACAUCUUGUGUGCGCAGACGAUAUCGUGAGUUUGUGUGGUUAAAGAAACAGCUGCAAAGAAAUGCUGGCUUGGUGCCUGUCCCAGAACUUCCAGGGAAAUCCACUUUCUUCGCAGGUAACACUGAUGAAUUUAUUGAGAAACGAAGACAAGGAUUGCAACAGUUCUUGGAGAAGACAGUACAGAAUGUUGUACUCCUUUCAGAUAGCCAGCUGCACCUUUUUCUACAAAGCCAGCUCUCUGUACCAGAAAUUGAAGCUUAUGUGCAGGGUCGAGGCCCUAUGAGUGUCACUGAUGCUAUUCUCCACUAUGCCAGGUCCAACUGUGGUUGGAUUCAGGAGGACAGUCAUUCAGCUUUGCUGGCUGUGCAUGACUUUGGCAACAGUUUUGAUGAAGAAAGCCAAUUUGUCCAAAGUUCCAUAGAACCACUCCCUCAUUGGAGUGAUGUCAGCAUAGAUGACAACAAAUUGGAGAGUCCGUGUUCUGAGGAAGAUGACCAUCAACCAACAGGACUGCUGCAGGCUGGUUCCACAACAUCAAAUCACCACAUCAACAAUUAGAAUAAAAAGCCCAUUCAGGAUGUGCUUGAAGCUCAGCAUUAACUUUUGCCACUUUGUUGAAAAUUAUGUGGAUUAUUAGAACUCCAGGCACAAGUGUUUGGAUUAUCUCUAGCGGCUUGGGUGUGAACAAUUAGAAUUGAACAAUUUGAACAAUUAGAAUUGAGGCUUAUGAAUGCAGAAGUAGUUUUUGGGUAUCCUUUUUUUCUGUUCUUCCAUCAACUUUUUGCAUACUUUGACAAAUUAUCCUGUAUAGAAAAUUGCUCUGGCUUGUUGACUACGCUCUCUCCCCGCAUCCUCCAUAUCUAUAACUGAUCAUUCUUGUUGCAAAAAUCCAGCUGUCUUUUGUAUCAAAACUAUUUGCCUGUAGUACAACUUCUUUUUAAGAUGGUGCCAGAAAGCGCACCUGCUUGCCAUGGAUGCCAAAUCCACAUCUGAGUUCCUUGGUAGAUAUACACAGCUGGGCUAAAUAGCCAGACUCUCUUCCCAAUUCAUUAUUGCCGAAGCUGCUAAGAGGAGCAUGUUAUAAACAUACAAGGGAAACAAGGAACGAUAGUCUGUAUUCUUCUUAGUUGUUAGGUGAAUAUCUUGAGAAGAGUCCUGCUGUAUUUCAUUGCUUUGACACAGCACACAAUUUGACACGGAGACAGUAAUAAACCCCACCUUAUAUACUAAAUAAGAAUUGUACCUAUCUGCCUCUAAGUUCUCUUAUUCAUUGCUAUAGGAGCAGCAAAACAGCAAUUCUAUAAGUCUAGAUAUUUCAAUUUGCAGAUUUUUUAUUCGACUUGUCUGAUCUUUGAGCAAAAUAUUAAUAGAAUUGAAAUCAAUGGACUCUCAAGAGCUGGAAGAUCUUGCUUGAGAUGUUUUAAUCCCUCCCCCCCUCCAUUUCCACACACUACACAAUAGAAGUUAAGUAAUAGACCCAUGUUGUCUCUCUCCCAGUUUUUGUCCUUUAAACUGGGUAGGGAAAUACAAAUAAGGCAAUUUUUGGCACAAUAAAUUUUUAUCCUAGGGGCAGUGGCUUUUUUUUAGCUAAAGUACUUAAAGGUUUUUUUGUCUUCUUUGUGUUCCCUUCUUUUGUGAUAAUCUCAACAAAUGUACAUGAAAGCAAAAUAAUUAUUACUUAAAAAGAACUAGUACAUUGCCUAUUCCUCUCUUCCCACUCUAUCUUGUGAUUAUGUCAUUUUUAAUUUGAAUUUUACCUUUAUUAUAGAGCACACAAAGGAACAAUAUUUAAAGCUAUAGAGAAAACUAAAUAAAACAAAUAUUUAAAAUAAAAUUGUAA